GGCGGACGGGUAGUUUUCUAGUGUUUGUGCAUUUAGACUCUGAGUCUGAAAUUAGUGUCAUUGAGAGCAGGAGGAAUUAAACGUGUAGAGACAGACAGCCACCAAACGCACAGUCAUCAUGCUGAUCCUCCUCGCUGCCAUCUUUGCCCUGCACAUCCUCUGCAUCAUCCUCCUCCUGGUGGCUACUAUUGACAAUGCCUGGUGGAUGACUGACACUAUCGCCACUGACGUGUGGGCCCGGUGGGUGUUGCAGAACGGAGUGUGGAACUACACCGAUCUCCCCACAGGACCACACUACCCACAAGAUUACCUCCAGGCAGUGCAGGCCAGCUCGGUGCUAGCUUGUAUAUUCUCCAUCCUGGGCAUCUUUGUGUUUGUGGCUCAGCUCUUCACCCUCGACAAAGGACGGAGGUUCACCAUCUCCGGCAUCUUUCAGUUCCUGGCCUGCCUGUGCAUCAUGAUUGCAGCCUCCAUCUACACAGACCGCUUCCACAUCGAUGAGACGAAUGGUUGGUACGGUCACUCCUUCAUCCUGGCCUGGAUCGCCUUCGCUCUCACGUUCAUCUCCUCCAUCACUUACUUUGUGCUACGCAAGAAAACGGCGUGAGAAGGACACUAGAGCUUGCUCCAACCUGCCCAACACCUUCGGCUGGAUCUGCUCUCUCAGCUAAAAAUCUGGGUUUAGUUACAGUGAGGUAGAGUUUAUAUUUGCCUGUGUUGGACGUCAGAUUUGAGCUGCUAAUGUUUAUUCAGCGACAGAUACAGCAGACCUGUUGAUCCUCUCAAAUACAUACUGGUGUUUAAUUGAGUCUGGUUCCAGUUUUGGUUCUUUCUGCAGUAACAGGCAAACUCAGUUAAUCACAGUUGUAUUUGAGCGUAUUUUUCAAACCAGAGUUUGGCCUUAAUUUCUUGGGGACAUCUAAGAAUUUUGUAUAAUUUUGUAAUAAUUUUUGUAGUUAUCUGAAGAAAGACGGUCUGAUAAAUUAAGAUCCAUCACUGUUUCUGUCUUCUAACAAAAGCAGGUUGAAGAGUAAAAUCUGUAGUCUUUUUUUUUGUUGUGUAAUGUACAUUUAUAUAUGGAAAUGAGUGCUGGAUAAAAAGGGGAGAGUUUAUGAUUUUAGUAUAUAGUGUUUUCGAUAUUAUAUUGUUAGUAUUGUUAUCUGCUCUGGUCUGACUUCAUGUAAUGUGCCACUAAUUAAACAAGAGUGUAACUACAACGUGAUGCCAUCAGUUUUCAAAGUGCCUGGAAAAUUUGUGCCUGUUGGAAGAAAUUAAAAGUCACAUGUCAUAGAUUUGUGUGUAAUCUAAUGAUAAGACUAUGCAAGGAUAUAAAGCGUGUAAUCAGUGGUGUAACACUGUUUGUUUUAUAAUUAUUUGUGAUUAGGAAAAACAUCAAACCGCUUUAAGUGUUAUAGUACAACAGCUUCGCGAGGAACUAUCAAACUAAUAAAGAGACAUAAAGUGGUGGGUUUUUUUUCCAAACGCGUCAGAGUAACGACCUUGUGAGAACUGCCUUUGUUACACUCACGUAUGAAACUUGCAAUAUUACAUAAAUCAGAUAUCCUGCCUGGGUGAGAAUGAGGUCAUAUACCACUAACACGUCAACCUUUCAUAUACCCUCGAUCAAGUCAGCUCUGUUUCAACACAAUGUGACUCCUCCAGUGUGAGGUAUAAUGUGUAAAUAUGUUUUGUUUCCCAUGAUGCUCCGUAUGUCCAAUGCUGUUUUAUUUUUGCUACUGUUACUUGGCAACGACAAUGACAAUGAUUUUUACUACAUUAAAACUUGAUUUUCAACUUAC